GGCCGGCGCAAUCCCGCGUCCCCGGGAAGCCGCGCCCCGAGCGCCGGGAGGAGCGAGCGGGUCCCCGAGCGCCGCGGCGGCCGCCACCCCGCGGGGCUGCGCGGGGAUGACAGCGAGUGCGGGCGGCGCCCAGCGCUGAGGCUCGGCCCCGCAGCCCGCACCCGCAGCCCGCACCCCGGCAGCCCCGCCUGGCAGGGGUGACCUUGCCCCAGGCGCGCGGCGCCCCCGCGCGCACCCCCGGCCGCCGCCGCGCGCGCUCCGGGCUCGGGAUGCGGCGCUCGGGGCGCGCGUGACCGCCGUAGGCCGCGGACGCCAGCCGAGUCGCCGCCUUAGGUCCUGCCUGUGUCACCGCGGCACCUCCCAGCCCAGCCCCCAUGGGGACCACCGAGGCAACGCUCCGCAUGGAAAACGUGGAUGUGAAGGAUGAGUGGCAGGAUGAAGGUCUCCCCAGGCCCCUCCCUGAAGACACGGGGAUGGACUCGCUUGGCAGCCCCGGGGGAGACGCAGCCUCCCCUCCCGGCACUCUGAACUUCGGCGGGGCUCACCGCAAACGCAAGACGCUGGUGGCCCCGGAAAUCAACCUCUCCCUGGACCAGAGCGAGGGGUCCCUGCUGUCCGACGACUUCCUGGACACCCCCGACGACCUCGACAUCAACGUGGACGACAUCGAGACCCCCGAUGAGACGGACUCGCUGGAGUUCCUAGGCAACGGGAAUGACCUGGAGUGGGAAGACGACGCCCCCGUGGCCGCCGCCAAGAACAUGCCCGGGGACAGCGCGGACCUGUUCGGGGACGGCGCGGCCGAGGACGGGGGCGCGGCCAACGGGCGCCUGUGGCGGACGGUGAUCAUCGGGGAGCAGGAGCACCGCAUCGACCUGCACAUGAUCCGCCCCUACAUGCGGGUGGUCACCCACGGAGGCUACUACGGGGAAGGCCUGAACGCCAUCAUCGUCUUCGCCGCCUGCUUCCUGCCCGACAGCAGCUCCCCAGACUACCCCUACAUCAUGGAGAACCUCUUCCUGUACGUCAUCAGCAGCCUGGAGCUCCUGGUGGCUGAGGACUACAUGAUCGUCUACCUGAACGGCGCCACCCCGAGGCGGAAGAUGCCCGGCAUCGGCUGGCUCAAGAAGUGCUACCAGAUGAUUGACAGGCGGUUGCGGAAAAACCUCAAGUCCCUGAUCAUCGUGCACCCGUCCUGGUUCAUUCGCACCGUGCUGGCCGUGUCUCGGCCCUUCAUCAGCGUCAAGUUCAUCAACAAGAUCCAGUACGUGCACAGCCUGGAGGACCUGGAGCGGCUGAUCCCCAUGGAGCACGUGCAGAUCCCGGACUGUGUGCUGCAGUUCGACGAGGAGAGACUGAGAGCCCGGAGGGAGAGCGCACGGCCCCCGCCGGAUUUCAUCCCGCCCCGGCUUCUCGAGAGACCAGAGCCAGCGGCGGUGGCAGCAGAAGAUGAUGACGGGUCCGCGCCCGCCACCGAAGAGGCGGAGACGAGGUGGGUGUGCGGAGCGGAGCGAGCCUGGCGGCCUUCCUGCCCUCCCGUCCUGGCGUCUGCCCCACAGCAGGAGCCCGAUGCAUGUCCUAAGGUGACGGGAGAACAGAAAACGGGAGAGAAGAUUCCAGACGCCGAGAAACCUCUUGUCAGAUACCCGCUGGCUCCAGAUCUCAUUCCUGCCUCGUCCCGGUCAUCAGGGGGCCCUGUACCCUCUGUCCAUCUCUGAAACCCGCAUCCUUUUCUUUUUAAGCUGCUCGAAAAUGGGGUUUCAAAUGGCAGCGGUAGAACAUUCCGGAAAGGGGCUGGACUCCCAGCCCGGCACCAUCCUCGGGCCUCAGAGGGCACCUGGCUGAGAAGAGCGAGCGGCCAGAGUGGGCCUCUGUCGUUGGAGACCCCUGCCCAGCACCUGCCUCCUGCCCCCUCUCCCCCACGCCCCCCCCCCCAGAAUCUGAGGUCUCCACCUCCACCUCGUAAGCUCCCACUUGGUGACCCGCCUCUUCCCUGCGGCCUGACGUGGCUCAGAGUCAGCUUCCCGGGGGAGGCUCUGGAUCUGUCCUUGGUGCCUUUGCCCCCAGAAUGGUGCCCUGGGCAUCUGGCGAGGAUGCCCACCCCCCCACCCCCGUCUCCCACCCCGCACCCCCUCCCCACACUCACUCUCUCUGGGAUUGUCGGGGUCCCUAGCACAAGGCACGGUCACUGCUUGUCCACCUCGGCGACCGGCUCCAAAACCAGCGCCCACCCCUUGUCAAAAGAGACUGUUCUCCGGGCCGACACCGGCCCAGGCCCCUCCUCUCCAAACCUGUCCGUGUCCCAGACAUCAGCUGCCUGGACGCCACCCUGGUGCCCUCGUGGCGGUGGUGGAGACAGAGAGACGAACUUGUCCCGGAGAGCUGGCCCUGAAGAGGGACGGAUCGGCCAAAUCUGGGCUAUCCAAUCUCCGAGCGUUUUUCGUGUUUGGUUUGGCCUUUUGGGUCACACCCGGCAAUCCUCAGGGGUUCCUCCUGCCUCUGUACUCAAGAAUCACUCCUGGCAGUGCUCGGGGCGGGGUGUGUGUGUGGGGAAACCCGAGGGAAUGCCGGGGAUCGAACCCAGGUCGGCCGGGUGCAAGGCAAAUGCCCUACUUGCUGUCCUAUUGCUCCUCCCCCUCUCCUCCCCCACCACACGUAGUUUUGACAGUCGUUCAGGUGAAGGAAUGCCCGGGGCUUGUUGGAACUCUGCAGCCGGCCCCUUUCGAAGGAGGCAAGGACGGACUUGGCCGGCGAAGCCACCCUUCCUGGCGAGACCAGACUCUCCCAGACGCGCCCCUGACUGGAGGCUUGGCAGGAGAAGGCAGCGAGCCUGCCGGGAACGGCCCACUGCCCAGUGUGUGGCUCCUGCCCAAAGGCGCCGUCUCUGGGUUCCCAGCCAGCGCCGCUGACGCCCAACCAGUGACCUCAGGGUGGCGACCUCGAGGUCCUGGACAGCAGUGGACUUGGCAGAUGUUUCUCAGACUUCGAAGGGGGCCAUGAAUGGGGUGUGUCAGGCCUUACCUGCUGGCCCGGAGUACCCAGUGACCUUCAGUACCCAGAAGGGUACUUCCAGCCUUGCUGGGGUGGGGGCCAGUCGUGCCCACCUGGUCUGGGUUUCUGGGUGGGUGCAGCCACUGUCUUCCGGUCCCCCACGCUGCGGCCCCCGUCAGGAAGCAGGGGCCUCGGGGAGGGGGCUGGCGGCUGCACUUAACGUCUCUGCUGGUUCCCGAGUGUGAGCUCGGGGCCAGCGUCUGGGAGGUGUCAGCCCUGGGCUGGGAGGUAGCAGGGCCCAGUGGGCGGCUUGUUCUGUCGCCCCCCCCCCCCCAAUCUCCCAUCCCUCAAGUCCCCUUCCGUUCCCGGUUCCCUCAGCCCUGCGGACUCCUCCCGUCCCCACAAAAUGCAGUAAGUCCUGGGCGGCUGGAACUUCGGGAGGGGGUGGGAAGGCAGUUCCCCCCACUCCAGUAGCCUGGUCCGGGGAGCCCCCGAGAUUCCAGCCUGGACUCUGGUCUCCACAUCCUAACCUGCCCGCCCGGGCCACGACAUCACAGUGGAACCAGAGGCCCCCUCGCCCCCCACAGCAGCCUCUGCAAUAAACGGACCUCGGGAGCGGCCGUGUCCACGGCUGUGGCACGGCUUGGGCCAAGUGCCGCUGUGUCCAGGCGGGCUGGGCCACAGCCGCUGUCAAGCAUCUUUUUGAGACCCUCAUACAAGUCCUGCCUCCAGCCGCCCGGAAUUGGGUUCUUGACAUGAAGUCAACCAAGAGCCCCGGGGCCCAGGUCUCUGGGUGCCGCCCCUCUGGGCCGCUUUCUAAGCCCACCACGAGGCGGGAGGCCCAGCUGGGUGGGAGUGGAAGUUUGGGGCGAGGUGCGAGGUGUGGCGGGCCAGGGCCUUGGCCGGCGGGAGUGUGUGUGGCGGGGGGCCUCGCUCUGGGUGGGCUCUGAACCCCUCGAAGGGGUCCCCUGGAGGCAGUGAGCGGCUCCUUCCGGUCAGGGGAUGUGUGAUGUGGAGGCGUCCCUUUCGUGGGCUGGGUGGGGGGUGGAUUUUUAUGGGAAAUAAACCUCCUUGGGAAUGGA